AUGGCAGGAGGCAACAGUGGACCCACAGGGUCUGAGUUCCAGUGGGAAUCUUUCAGCAACCAGCAAGGAGUCCGGGGACGGAGAGGAGCUAGGUAUACCGCCGACUGGCCCCCGGCGACCGACGCCUUGCGGCCCUCGCCCUUCCUGCCCCCGGCGCUGCACGCCCUCCACGGCUUGGCCCGCGCGCUGCUCUUCCCGGCCUACUGGGCCCUGGACCAGCUGCUGGGUUUGGCGCCGCCCCUUCUGCUACCGCCCCCCUCCGCUGUGCUGGGCGCCGCCCGCGCUCUGGCGCCCGACUGCCGAACCCGGGCGCUGCUUCGUCUUCCUCACAGCCAAUCUGUGCCUGCUCCCCGACGGGCUACCGCGCUUCAGCAACCUACCGCACAGCCAGCGACCGGCCGAGGCCAUUGUCGCCGCGCUGCUGGCCGGCGCGCGGCCCGCGCUCCACAGGGCUACGGACUGCAGCCAGCCGUGGCCCAGGGCGCCGCGCAGGGCGCUGGUGGCCUCGCUGCCCGUGGGUCUGGACUUCGUGUGCCUGCAGGAGGUAUUCGAUCUGCGCGCGGCUCGUCGCUUGGUGAAUCGCCUGGCGCCCAACCUGGGCCCGUUACUGUACGCGUGGGCACGCUCGGCCUACAGCUCGGGCCGCACCUCAAGCUGCUGGACAGCGGGCUGCUGCUGGCCUCAGGCUACCCGCUGCUGCGCGCCACCUUCCGUUGCUUCCCCCACGCACGUGGCGAGGACGCUCUGGCCUCCAAGGGACUAUUGUCUGCACAGGUACUGGCCUACCCGGUGCGGCCCGCAGAGGGGGCAGAGGUUCGGCCGAGAAGGCGGAGGAAGCUGGGGCCGUCCGUUGUGUUGCGGGCGAGGCUGGGCAGCCUGGACGGGCGCCGCAUCGUGGGAUUCUCGCACUGCACGCAUUUGCAAGCACUGGCUGAGGACGGGCCUUUGCGCAGCAAACAGCUGACGCUGCUGCUGGACUGAGCCAAGUUUGAGGCCGACAGAGAACAAAGUGGAGAGGUCGUGGCUUUCAGCGUGCUCCUGGGCGACCUAAACUUCGAUAACUGCUCGAAAGGUCCAGCAGGAGGAGAGGGCGAGAGGGAGGGGCGGAGCCAGGAGGCCCGGCCCCACCCACCGCGUGCCCGCCUCUCUCUGCAGACCACCGGCUGGAGCAGGAACACGAGCUCUUCCGCUGCUUCCAGGAUCCCUGCCGGCUGGGAACGCACCAAAAGCAGCCCUGGGCCCUGGGUAUCGCGCUUAGGGGGAGGGUACCCCCACCGGCUGGGCACCCGCCAAGAGCAGCCUUGGGCCCUGGGUAUCGUGCUUAGGGGGAGGGUACCGGAGCGGGAAGUGGACCUGGGGAGCGCCGUCGGCCGAGGCUCUGGCUGAUGCCGCCCUCCCCCGGAUCCCCCAGGGACCGCGCUGAGCACCUCCGUGCUCCACCACUCCGUGGCCUCCUCCCCCAACAUGCCGAGGCGGUGAGUGGCGACCUGGAGGUAGGCACUGCCCGCCCGAAGCGCGCAGAGGGGCCCUGGCCUUGAUGACACCGCCCCCCCCAACAGGGCCCUGGAGCAGGAGAAAGGGCGCCACCUCUACCUGGCCGGCCCUCCCUGCAGAAGCCGCCGAGCUAAGCCCUGGAGAGGUCGGCGCCUGGACUACAUCACGUACCGCGGAGUUCCCGGGUGGCUGGGCCUGCGGCACUGGGACGACCCUCAAUCUGAGUCCCGCCCCCAGAAGGUGGAGCAGGUGACAUUCAGUACCGCCCUGGCGGGGCUCACGGACCACCUGGCAGUGGGCCU